AUGGAUCAAGUUUCUGUAUUUAAUACGUCAAGGAAUAAUUCGGCACAGAACAUCACGCAGAGAGAAAAGAGGGCUCCCAGGGAUGGAUAUGAUUUAAAUGUUUAUGGGUUAGACACAGAAUGGUUCCUCUUUAUCCACAUUCCUGCCUUGUGUUGUAUCUUUCUCAGUCUUUUUAGUGCGUCCGCCGUCAUCAUUGCGUCAUUCCGGAGCCAGACGCGAUCUUUCUUUUCCUGGAUGCGAAGUGAACGUUUUGUCGUUUACUUGUCCAUGUGUGACGCACUUUUUAACGUGACACACAGCAUGGAUCAUCUUCAAAUGGUCAUCACAAAAGAACACGUAUAUCCCAAAGAGUUGUGCGAGUUUUAUUCAUUCUUCCUUUGUGAAUUUGUAUCUGCACAACUUCUGAUGACUAAUGUGGCAGCUAUGAACGCUUUUGGACUCAUUUAUCUUCAUAAACAGUUCAAACUUGGCAGAUAUGACUGGAAGCUUCUUCUAUACACAUUCGGAGUACCUUUUGUGAUGUCAAUGUGUGCCGUGAAUUUAGGAUAUUACGGCCCUUCUGGAUCUUAUUGCCUAUUUGAUGGCGUGAAAGGAGCACUUGCUAGCGUUUUCUUUGUAACUGUUCCAAUAACCUUCAUCCUAGUCGUAAAUGUGGUGCUCUAUAUCUUAACAUGGUGGAAAAUCCACACAGAAUCCAAAAGGAUUAAGACCAUGCUUGGAAAAGAGGCCCAGACAGUGCGUGCAUCUCACAGGGCAGCCAAAUUAAUGAGUCUCUUUGUCGCUGCAUUCUUUAUCCAAUGGUGGGCCCUUGCAAUCAUCAGUGUGUGGCACAAUUUUGCGGUGGUGCCACAGGAAUUCUUCACUGUGGUUGUUGUGUUCACAAACCUCGGUGGUGUGUUAAAUGGGGCGGUGUACAUCAUCAUAAAGAGAAGAAGAAAACAGAAUUAUAGCUCUAAAAUCGCAAAGAAUUGUAGUCAGAUGUCUCUAGAUUCUAGCGUGGGAAAUAGUAAUACGGGUAUUAACAUUUCGAUUGUAGACACAACAAUGUAA